AUGUUCCGCGCGGCAUCGAGGCGCACGGGUGCAUAUCUCCCCAGACUUGUCCAAGCACCCCGGACUUUGACCCGAUCAAUACACGCCCAUAAUGUGCGCCCUACUCUCCAAUCAAAAUCCGGCAACGCAAACACGUUGAGCCGUUCGUUUCCUAGUCCGAGAUAUAUCUCCAUCGCUCAGCGCGUGCGCCUAAAGUUCCGUGAAGCAUCGAAAGGAAUAUUCCGCAAAAACCCGGUUCUACUUCCUCUCGCCAUUGUCUCAGUUGUCGGUGGAAUUAUUGCGUUUACCUAUAUUUCCUAUGUCGAAAUCACGCGCGUGAGCCCACAGUACACGAAGUUUCCACCACCAGUGGCUGAUUCUUUGCGCACGGCGAUAUACUAUACCGAAAUUGACCUGAACCCGGCUAAGGCACUGAAGUCUUACAAGGAGGCCCUGCGGAUAGCUAUCGAGAUGGACAUGCACCCUUUCUCAGAUGAGGUCCUGGGAAUUAAACUCCAGGUAGCGAUGAUGCUGGAGAAAGCUGGAUUAGUGAAGCCGGCGAUCGAUGUGUUGGAGCGGACUAAAAAUGAGGCUCUGAGUUGGAUAGACGAAGCGAGAAGGAUAGAGCCUGUCGCAUCUGGAAUCUCGGAGCUCAAGGAUGGAGCAGCCCAGAAGAAACCCAUAACUGAGAAUAUUCAAAUCAACGUGGAAGCUUCAGAAGAUAAGGAGCAGGAAUUGCUGGAAUUACAAGAGUUUGAGGCUCAACAACGGGAUCGAGCCUUAAAGAAGGUAGUUGGAAUUCAAAUGAAACUGGCUGAACUAUACUCCAGCGACCAUAUCCAAGAUGAGAAGAAAGCCGAGGCUGCGCAGGUCGCUGCCGUCGAGCUGUGUCUAAAGGAGAUGCACCGCCGGCAAAAGCUUGGCCUCCCUGUUGGUGGAGGAGCUACCGAGGGCGCCGAGGGCGACUCCUGGCUGAACAUGAGCGAGAUUGCAGUUGCGUUGGCCGAACUUGCCUCUACUUAUACUACUAAUGAGCGCUAUGAUCUUGCUCUGCCGCUAUACCUGCGCGCGUUGGAUAUGAUCCGUGCAGUUGAGGGUGAUUCACCAUCAUGCAAGCAAGUUGUACUACUGAAUGACGUUGCCAGUGCCUUGGCCGGCCAGCUACAACAGCCAUCCCGAACCCAGCAGAAGCAAUCGGUGUCACGAGAGCAGUCUGUUGAAGCAGCUCGACAAUGGGCACUGAAGUCUCUCGAUGUUGCAGCCCAUAUUACGCCACCGAUUCGCGACGAGGAGUGUGAUUUAACCUGCGUUGUGGCAACCUACAACUUGGGUGAAUUGGCCGAGCUACAGAAAAAGCCGGAUAUCGCUCAGCAACGCUAUACUGAGGCUAAGUCCCUUGCCCAGGGACUAGGAUAUGAAGAAGGGAUUUCAAUGGCUGAUACCGCAUUAAAGAGACUUUCGAAAACAUAG